AUGGCCACCGAACAAGUCAAUCCCAGCUCGUCUCCGUCGGAUAUCGAAGAGCAGGACAUCCCCCAGACCCAGCCAUCCGCUGCUCCAACAAGCUCAACCUCUGCCUCAACCGCAGCAGCACCCUCCUACUCUCCCAUCUACGCCACUGCUCAACCCACCAACAUGACAGUGCUUGAGGUUCCAACACCAGAUAUCCCAGGAGACCCAACGACCACAAUUGCACCCCCAGAGGCUCUUACUGCUACGUCUACCUCCUCGUCGCCGCCACCACCGCAGCCGGGUGAUGUGCCUUUACCUACUUCGAUUUCUACAGGUGCCGAUCAGCAUGGUCAAGAUACGGGCAAUGGAGGUGGAAUCAGGAAUGGAAAUGAAGAUCGCCCUCCUCCUCCAAUGCCAGCACCUGUGCCAAAGAGUGGUCUUGCCCCUACGCCCUCAGCAACCCUCCAAACCCAGGACGCAACAUCGUCAACGAACUCGAACCCUGAUCCUCCACCUGCAAUCAUAACCGCUGCGCCUGCGUACCCUCCUGCUUCAGAACCAGCUCCAGCUCCAGCUCCUACAGCUACGACUGGGAACAUAAACCCAAGUCCGCCACAGCCCCAGACAGCAGCAACGACAACAACGCCUGCUUCGUAUAGCCAUACACCAGGGCCAGCCUGGUCCAGCCCAAGCCUAAGCCCAGGGACGGCGGCAGGGGCAGGGUAUAACUACACACCCAACGCAACCCCCGGCCCGGGCUAUAGCUACCAGCCGCAGCCGCAGCAACAGCAAUACCCAAUCCAAACGCCAAACUCUACCACAACGCCCUACGGCUCAGUGUAUACUCCGCCUUCAGCAUCCACAUCGACAACACUCCCGCUGCAUACCUCCGGCAACGCCGACAGCUUCCACUCAGGUGGCGACGGCGGCGGAGGUGAAGACGGACUUUGGGGGAGCACGAAAUCGUGGCUGCAGAGCGCGGGGAAUAAGCUUGCCGAGGUGGAGGCGGAGGUUUGGAGGCGGAUCAACGAGGCGCAUGAUGGUGAUAAGUAA